GGCGGAAGAGGCGGCUAUAGGCGAAGUUGUUGCUGGAAUGGGUCCUGUUCAGGAAAGAAUGGACCCAGACGCAGAUGGAUCGGUACCUGUAACUGGAACAUUAACACCUGCCGGACCGAAAAAGACAGUAGGUCGGCCACCCAUUCGUCGUGUGGCCAACCAAAUCCCAGAUGAGAUCUCUCAGAAUCCGUUGUUGUUGGAAGCCAUGUCGGUACUCCCUCAAAACUAUAACUUUGAGAUUCAGAAGACCAUCUGGAGGAUCCAGCAAGCUUCGGCCAAAACAGUUGCUUUGCAGAUGCCAGAAGGUCUUCUGAUGUUUGCCUGCACCAUAGCUGAUAUCAUAGAGAGAUUCACAUCGGCAAAGACCGUGGUGAUGGGAGAUGUGACAUACGGAGCGUGUUGUGUGGAUGAUUAUACAGCCCGGGCGCUGGGAGCUGACUUUCUGGUACAUUAUGGGCACAGCUGCCUCAUCCCCAUCGAUGCCACGCACGGCAUUCGGAUGUUGUAUGUCUUUGUGGAUAUAAAGAUUGACACGUCACACUUUGUGGACACAAUUCGCUUUAACUUCUCGUCUGGAUCAUCGCUCGCUUUUGUCAGCACAGUCCAGUUCGUGUCCGCACUCCAGGCUGCUUACCAUGCCCUACGCUCCGAGUAUGAAUUGACCAUACCGCAAUGCAAGCCACUGUCACCGGGAGAGAUUUUGGGAUGCACGUCCCCGCGGCUGGAGAAGUCUGUGGAUGCUGUUGUGUAUCUGGGGGAUGGUCGGUUCCACCUGGAGUCCGUUAUGAUCGCCAACCCUGACGUUAAGGCAUACAGGUAUGAUCCGUAUAGCAAAGUUUUCUCUCGUGAAUACUAUGACCAUGGCACCAUGAUGAAAAAUCGCCAAGAAGUCAUCACAUCAGCUGCUGGGGCUAAGACCUGGGGACUCAUUCUUGGGACACUGGGACGUCAAGGAUCUCCCAAGAUCCUGGAGCACCUGGAGUCACGUCUACAGGCUCUCGGCUGUCGUUAUAUUCGGCUGCUGCUGUCGGAAAUCUUCCCUAAUAAACUCAAGCUGUUCCCAGAGGUGGAAGCGUGGGUACAGGUGGCCUGUCCAAGGCUUUCUAUCGAUUGGGGGACAGCUUUUACCAAACCUCUACUUACGCCUUAUGAGGCCUCGGUGGCUCUGAAGGAAGCUGAGUGGCAGGACACAUAUCCCAUGGAUUUUUAUGCUAAUCAGUCCCUCGGUCCAUGGACAGUGAACCAUGAAUCCCACCGCCCUGCUCGUGUGAUUACAAAGAAUCCACAGCAGAGAAAACCCAGAUCAGCGGAUGAGUGUACAAAAGCAAAGCAUUGUCAGUGUAAAGAAGGAGAGAGCUAAGCCACGUGGUGGUGGAGCGUAUUCCCCACAGACGCACCUCGAAGCCCAGCCGUUCUGUUGAUGGCCACAGAAUUGGAGAUAAUUUGACACUUCUGCCAAGCAGGUGUGAAAGAAGAAAAUGAAACAAAACAGUGCAUUGCCUUGACAGAAGCAAGAAGCUUCGCUCCAUUAACAGCUUUGCAACCCCAGAGGCAGUCCGAGCAGAACCCUCUAUUAACCCCUUUUUAUGUCUUGACAUAAAAACACAGUCUUGCUCCAUUACCUCAUCCCAUCUUUGAGCUCUGGAACUCAUGGACCACAGAGGGAGGUCGGGACGCACCCGAGUGCCCUCUCUGUUCUUGUCUCGGGGUUUCCUGAGCCAUGCAGGGCUGCUGCUGCUGCUAAUUAAAAGCUCUGCUUAAUGAGGGUUUGCGUGAGCCGUCUGCCUCCCCCUCCUGCCGUUGCCUGGGCGAUGAGUACUCCCUGCCUGUGAUGCCCCAACUACUGGCACCAAACGCAGCAACCCCCCCUGCGAGAACCAAUCACCUCCUGCGUGGAGACCCUCAGCGAGCGGCUCUGUAAUAUCUCUAUGAUGGAGUCACAGACUUUAAUGUUCUUUGGAAGAGAGCCCGCCAUCACCGUGCUCACAGCUACCUUCUGGGAGUAGCUGAAUGCAAGGGGUGCAAUAGUGAUUGAAGCCAAUGUUAUAAACCUUCUGUAUCAUAAUGGCCAAAAAGGGCCAAUGACCCAAUCACCUGAACUGUAAGACUUUG